UAAAAUUGAAUAGACUUAUGAUAAGUGGGGGCUCUCCCCUUCCCGUAUUACAUUAAUGAAUACCAUGUAUUUAUAUAAAUUAUUAUAUAAAUGAAAACGAUUAUAUUAAGACUGUAUAAGUAAAAUCUACAAGUUGUAUACAACGUUUCUUCAAAUUACGCUGUAAGUAAUUAGGGGGUGGGUGUUCUAACACCCAUAUCACUCCCCUAAAUAAGCCCCUGACUUAAACUAAAAAGUAUAAUUAGGUAUAUGAUUAAUGUCACAGAAUAGUUUUGCAAAGAAUUUUUUUAAACAGAAAAUAUUGACAAAAUACAAUUAUAAUAUUUAAUAGUUACAAGUUUUUAUGUUUUUCAUAUUAGUUCUUCUCACUUCAUUUCCUCAAUCAAAUCAGAUUCUGUGCAUAAAAUUGAUAAGUUGGACAUUUAUUCUUAUAUUAAUGACGAUCUUAAAUAAUUUUUAUGAGGCUAUUUUAUUUAUGCCGCCCCACUAAAUUUGCCGCCCCGGAGCAAAUGCUCCUUUUGCACCUAGGUUAAUCCGGCCCUGACCAUGGUGUUAUAUAAUAGUUAUUUAAUCUGACAGAACACCGUUUUCGUGUUUUCAUUUUUAGGAUGCCAUGCGAACAUGUUUUGGUGAAAACACUCAAGUGCACCAAAAAAUGUUCCAAGUGCAAACAAUUGAAGUGGCCGUGGUCCAAAGCUGUCGGCUGCAUCAAAUGCAUGAAGGUCUGGCACCGGCGGUGUCGGCCAGUCAAACACGAAGUCGUCGACCGCACGGAAGAACCGGUCGUGGUCGCUUCUGCAGCAGUCGCUGAGGAAUCGAAGGGGUUGGAAAACUCGAUUUCCAGCACAAUCAAGGCCGUAGUUAAGUUUUCGGAGUACCCGCGCCGGCGGAUCCGCAGCAUCCAGACGGCCGAUGUCGCCCAAGAACCAUCGCUGUACGCCUCGUUGGAUCUGUGCCCGGCGACCGCUCCCCGCCUGAUCGUGGCACCCGCAACGGAAAACGUCCGCAUCGCACGGGCCGUUUCGCUGGACGCGUGGUCCAUGUUCGGCCACCCGAUCAACUGGCCGGGACGAACCGGCGCCGGCGUAUGUCUGGAACGGCUCUUUGCGCUGAGAUUGUGGCCAAUAGCGGUUCGACCGGUCGCACCACCAAAGUCGGAAAACGAUGUAUUAUUCGCACGAUCCGUUCCGGACGAACACCAAGUCCGAGUGAUCGUACGGACGGCAGACGUCGAAAAGUCCGUGGUCACCGCGGACACAGUGGUCGAAUUGUUUUCGCACCACCCUCGGACGACCGCAAGCGCCUUAGAUUGGUAUGGCCAACUGUUGCCGGCGGGCUGCUGGUUGCUUCCGGCCGUUUUUCAAUGGGCUCGGCCAACGAUCAACGCCGCCGCCACGGGGAACGUAUUGCUGGCCACCGUCGCAAGUCCGUUGGCCGCACCACUGGCUGGUCCAAAGCGCAACUAGUGUCAUUGUAUGGAUUGCAAAAGCCGUCGAUUAUACAUUGCGGCGUCUGAUAAUGCGGUCAACAGUUGUUGGUUCAGUUAUUUAUUUAUUUUUGCAUUAAUUGCAUUUAUUUUUUCAUUUUCCCAUCAUAAUAUGGGAAAAACUAUUUAAUUGUUGUUUCGCAUUUCAGUCAUAUCGACUAUACAAAUUUGUUUCCUUCGUUUUUUUUUUUUUGUUCGAACUAAACAAUUAUAAAAAUAUAUUUAGUGUUUAUG